GACUCCAGACCAGACCGCCACCUCUGAUAGUCAACCUGUUUCCUAAGGAGGUGUCAUUUGACCUGUCCUUAGGAGGUGUCCUGUCCUUACGAGGUGUCCUGCAACUUGCGACUGAACUUUUCUCCACCCGCGAACAGUACUGCUUCCGCCGAUGGCGGAGCCUCGAGCGCAUAACGCUCCGCGAACACCCGCGGAAUCGUGCCUCAGGGGGCUCGCUAUGGCGGAGCUAGCUGGAGCCGCAGGCUUCGCAUCUGCGGAACCUUCGCACGCUGUGUCUUUAGGGAUGCCUGAAAAUACUUCCCGAUCUGGACGCACGCUGUGCUCUCAGUGUCAGCAGGAGCCCGCUAAGUACAGGUGUCCUGGCUGCGCUGCUGCCACGUGUAGCGUGCCCUGCGUUAAGGCGCACAAAGCGGCGAGCGGGUGCACGGGGAAGCGGAACCGGGCAGAGUUUGUUCCUAUAGCGAAGUUCGACGAUAACCAGCUAGUGUCAGACCUGCGUUUCCUGGAAGAUGCGUUGGUGCAGUAUGACGUGGCGAAGCGCACGCGGAUGACGCUAGGGGUCCGAUAUGAGGCACAGGUGGGCAAGCACUGGCACCGCAUGCAGGAGACGGCACGACAGAGGGGCGUGCAGCUGCUGCUGAUGCCCCCAGGCAUGUCCAAGCGCAAGGCCAACAAAACGUACUUCCAACACAGGAAACGGUGUAUCAUGUGGCAUGUGCGAUGGCAGUUCGCAAUCCGGUCGAUUUGCAUCGAUGCCAAUAGUAGCAUCAACACCCAAGGCACCAGCAACACAACAAGCAGCAGCCGCAAGGGCGAUACCCCAGGCGACACAGCAAGUUUUCAGGGCCUAUCGCUCCCACAGUCAUCAAAGGCUGCAGCCUUUACCUCCACCGUGAUCCUCCCCCAACCAUAGAUACCAUGGCGAAAUUGAGACUUGGCGAAUUCAGCGCGACAUUCGCCAAGUCCCAACUCCCAACCAUCUCGUCAAUAUUCACCUCCCAACCAACUCCCCCCCCCCAACCGCACUCCACACAUCGUCAACUAGAGCUUCCAACCCCCCCUCCUCACAUCUCGUAGUUUCACGCAGACUCCCAAUCUCCUUCCCGCGUCAGAUGUGCUUUCUAAUUGCCGCGCGCCAUAGCCGUAGCAACUUUCACACCCCACGCAAUACCUUAAUUUAAGGGCGCUCUCCCAUAUGAACCCCUGAGAGCGAUGCGGAUGUUGCUGUUACAGCGUCCGCAUGUUGCUGAACCAUGAGGUCUAUAAAUACUUCCGCGUUCUAGUAUGACGGAUUUAUUUUUCUGGGCGAGCGCCCAUAAAUGUUCAUGACGGAUUUAUUUUUCUUGGACGAAAUGGUUGCUUGCAGAACCCCCAUUUUCCCACCCCCCCACAGGAAAUUUUUACCCCUGCCCGGGCAAAAUUUUUAGCCCUGCCCGGGCAAGCGUUUGCCUAGCAGUUUCAGAAGAUGAGGCGCUGGUGGCAGCAGCAGAAGCAGCCCUGAGGCAAGCACUCAAGGCCCCCGCUGCAGCAGCAGCUUCAAAAGCAGCAGCAGCAACCGCAGCAGCAGCAGCAGCAACCGCAGCAACAGCAGCAGCAGCACUGCCAACAAAAUCUGCAUCUGCGUCACCGGCUGUAGCGCCAGCAGUCCCGUUGGGAGAGGUGCUGCAGCGGCUGAGGCUGCAGCUAGAGGUGCCCCCUUCCCAGUUGUGUGAGCUGGAAACUAGCCAAACUCUUCGCACACAGCUUGCGGGACGCACGAUUUUAGAAUUCCCCACCAUUAGAGUUUCCUGCUUAGCCAAAGAUGAAGAUUCUGAAGAUGUAGGUGAUUCUGACGAGGAUGAAAGUGAUUCUGACGAGGAUGAUAGUAGUGAAGAGGAGGAUAGUGAAGAGGUCGACACGGGUGAGAAAGUGCAUUGUAAAAGCUGAGGAAAUAUGAACCAUCGUGUAUACGAGCAUUAUUUGUUAUGAAGAUUUGUUUC